AUGUCAUUCAUUCAUGGUGAAGGAAAACGAAAUAGAAAGAAAGUUGAAGAUGAAGAAAAGGAACAAGAGGUUUAUGUGUCAGGAAAAGGUUUAGGGGAUGAUAUUACAAGUUCACAAGAUGCAACAUUUGAGGAUAUAAAAGAAACAACUGGUGAGCAUGUUACUACAGUGGCCUAUAUAGAGGAGGAACAGGCUCUAAACUCAACGCCUAAGGAGACCCUUAAGGAAGAAGCAGAGGACCAAUCAAGUGAUGCUCAAGAGGUAAGUGAGCAGGAUGAAAGUGGAGCAAACGAAAAAAUAGAACACGAAUUAAAUUACAGUCGAUGA